AUGAUUAAUAGAGAGAGCAUUGCGUUCAGCGUUGGAAGAAGGGGAGGCGCCCAUCGCGAUUGCCUGGCCGUCCAACGAGGGGCGUUGGCUGUUGAGCGACGCUCCACGAUGAGUGUGACGGUGGUGGAUGCCAAUUCCAUGAAUGUUGGAUUGCGUCGCGAGGAGUCCUUGUAUCUUCUACGGAAAGCUGUCGGGAACGGCUUUGGCGAUGUCGUGGCGGGUGCGUCAGAGUGGUUCGGGUACAGACCGAGGCUGACAAAAUGGCACGCUAUUUUGAUACUUGCUGACAAGGGCCUGAGGGUUGCUCGAAAGGCGAUAGCAGUCCGCGAGUGA